AUUAUCACGGCUGUUCUGCUCAUCAUGGUGGGCACCACCAUACAAACAAUUUAUAGUGAUUUCAGUGUCUUUAUAGACGGACACUUCUCCUCACCACCCACCCUUCUGAUUGCCAUUGGUUUUAUUCUAAUUGCGGUGGCCGCUCUUAUUGCUUAUGGUGCGAUGAGGGAGAGCGUUAUGGUUAUUAAUCUGUACGGUGUUUGCCUAUUCCUGGUCUUUAUACUCGAAGUGUCUACCGCCAUUGCCGCCUUUGUUAAUGAAGGACAGGUUCGAGGUAUGCUGCAGCGCACCAUGAAUCAGGCAUUGGCUGAAUAUAAUAACGAUGACUUGGUGAAGGAUGCCGUCGACUACAUGCAAAUUGGCUUGGAAUGCUGCGGCGUGCUCUCUCCUGAUGAUUGGAAUCAAUACAUGAAUGAAACGAUCGAAAAUAAGAAAUAA